AUGUCGUCUACGCUGCUGAAGAAGGCAAAGCUGCCAGCCGCCUACAACGCCUGGCAGUGCUGUUCCUGCAAUCAUUCAAAUGCAUCUCCCCGCAAACGCCUCAAAUCCCAGGGUCCAAGCCCUCCGCAGUCGAGGACAUAUGCCGACGUCAAAUCUCAGCCAUAUGAGUUUAGAGAUAACAUGAACUGGCCUUGUCGGGCGACUCCCUUCACACCUACUCCGUAUGAGAUCUUCGACCUCGCAAAGAACGGAGCAUAUUCCAAACAUAAGUUCCUGGAAUUGGUCAAGAUCUACCACCCGGACACGAGUGGGAGUGGACAUGCUACGGAACUUAGUCAUAUAGAGAGGCUAGAAAGAUACAGACUGGUGGUUCAGGCGCACGAGAUAUUAUCCGACCCUGUCAAGCGACGAGCGUUCGACGCAUCGGGCGCAGGAUGGGGCACACGAGUACGAAAUGCAGACAGACAUACCAAAGGCUACACGAACGCCGAGGGCAAAGCGUACGGCUUCGGGCCAGAGCACGACUCGACGAUUUUUCAGAAUGCGACCUGGGAGGACUGGGAACGAUGGUACCGCCGGCGCGACAACCCGGACAAGCAAGCGUACGCGGGGACCUACGUUCAUCCGAACGCGUUCGCCUCGUUCGUCAUCAUCCUCGCAGUCCUCUCGGGCGUGCUUCAGGCGACACGUGCGGGACAGUAUUCCGGCGCCAUGGAGGAGAAGGCCAGAGCGUUCACGGAGGAGACGAGUCGUUUUUUGAACGAUCGGGCGGACCAUUUCAAGGAGAACCAGGUGUCGAGGGAUGGGCGGGUCAAGCAUUUCUUGCAGAAGAGGGACCCGUCGAAAUAUGGGUUGAAGAAUGAGGAGGGUGAGGUCUAUCGUAAGCAUUUCGAUGGGCGGUUGGUGCAGAGUCCGAUGUUGAAGGGGGAUGAAGCUGGUUGA